AUGUCUGAGCUUUUGAAGCAAACGGGAGAUUUCACAAAAAGUGGAGAUCUGGAACAGUUGGAGAGGAGUCUUCGUGCUUCAGAACAUUUCUCCUUUUUUAGUUGGAUCCGCUGUUUGUUACCUGCCAGGGGGGUCUACUUUACUCUAAGUACUGAAAGGUGCAAAGAGGAAUGGAGAAAGAGCUGCAUCCAGCUAUUACAGCCGGUCGUGGUGGAGUUCAUGAACGAGGUCGCAGAGAAAAUGGCAUCCGCUCUUGACCGAAAAUUACCGAAGAUGUAUACGAAGCCUCCUCAUUUUGAUGUUGCAUUCGCUAUCAUUGUUGCUCACUCCACUAUCACCAUUCACCUUCGGCCAAUACUCAUGGAGGCGCUUGAGUCAUUUCUUGACCGUUUAGAGCAAACCGUAGACCCCAUCGAGAAGCAGAAACAACACCUUCACGUUGUCGAAAAAUGGGCCAAUGAGGUGCUCAGAACGACGCUGUCGAAUUUAGUACGGCAAAUGGAGUACCCUAAUGGUGAUGGAAGUUCCGAUACAAAGACACAGACGCAGGCGGUGUCUAACUUUCGACUAGGCAGCGCCCCUUCCUCUCAACCCCAAACACCGAAAGCGCCUACAAGUUUCGGGACAAGUCCUGUCCUCAGUGGUCGAGGAUCAGGCUCCGUUCAUUCUCCGACCUUGGAUUCUACAGCGGCGUCUAGCAGUGCUGGGUCACUGUCUACCACCGUUACUGACCUGUUGGGAUCCUCUCGCUCAGGCAACUUUCCGUCCCCUUCGAAUGCAGUUGCAAAUUCUGUACUCCUGUUCGAGACCAGUGGUGCUCGUCCCAGUAGCCAAGAACCAAGUUCCGCCGAUUCUCAGACCUUACAUUCUAUGGUGGAGGCGGGUAGUACCGCUGGUAGUGCUACAUCGCCGUCUGCUGCCAGUUUGCCUAUAUCCGAUCUGUCGGAGACCUCUCACUCAGGCAACUUUCCGUCCCAAGAACCAAGUUCCGCCGAUUCUCCGACUUUACAUUCUACAGUGGAGGCGGGUAGUUCUACAUCGCCGCCUGCCGGCAGUUUGUCUAUAUCCAAUCUGUCAGAAAUCUCUCACCCGGGUGUCCAUGCUCCAAAGAGGGACCUCGCCUCUCAAACGAAUCUGGGAGUCAGUAGACCUUCAGUUUCGCGGGGUCGUGGUCGGGGUAGCACCGUAUCGCCUGCGUCUCUUCGUGUCCCUAGUGUUGACAUGAGUCUGAUUCGGAAUUCCUUCAACGAUAAGGAGAGAAAGGGGAAGGAGCAGGCGCAGGAUAUGCAUAAUUAG